AUGUCUGAAGUGGACGAUUCAAAAAUAUCUAUGAGCAAGGCAAUGCAUGCGAGAUAUGGAUGUUCCCCGCAAGUCCACGGAGACAUCACGCUGAGAAACCCCAAGGACAUGGACCAAGUCGACCUGUUCGUGAGCGGGGCGCCUUGCCCAGCAUAUUCUACAGCAGGUCUGAAGAAGGGCAUCAAAGACCUUCGGGGUUGCGUCAUACUUCAUAGCCUGAAAUAUAUUGUCCUACGCCGCCCCGCCGUUGCCUGCCUCGAAAACGUGAAAGGUAUGACUCACAAAAGCCACAAGCAGGUGCUUGACAAGAUCAUCGAAGUGCUCAAGUCGUGCAAUUACAAGGUGACUGCUGCCAUCCUCAAUACCGCAGACCACGGUAUCCCACAGAACCGGGAGAGGCUCUACUUGGUGGCAGUGCAUCGCAGCAAAUUGGACAAGACAAGGGGCAAUUUCAAAUUCCCAGGCCCCGUUACUAUGCCAAAACUGAAACGGUUCCUUGUGCACAAGUGCCAGCAGGCAAGCGAACUCUCGGAAAGGGAGCGCGGCAUGGUCAAGGCAUUGAGACAGAAGAUUGGCAUUGCCAGACCAGAGAAGUUGGAGGAUGAAGUUGUCAUGGACAUUGGAGCUACGAUGCAAUUUGCGAACGUCAUGAAUGGAGUCAGUCCAUGCUUGACAAAAACGAGAAGCGCGUCUGGGGGCUACUACCUCUACACAUCCCAAAGGUUUAUGAACGUCUACGAGAUUGGUGGUCUUCAGGGAUGGCCAAAAAGUUGGGUUGACCAGCUACUGGAGGUCCAGCCCAAGUCGAAAGUUGGAGCCGGAUUUGGAGAUGCAAUGAGUUUGAACAUACUCAUGAGGAUUUUGCCAAGGGCAUGUCAUGCAGCAGGUUUGGUACCACCUUGCGCAGAUGUCUGGGAAAGCAUUCCUGAGAGAGGCCUGGGCCUGUUGCCUGGCUCGCUAUAUGAAAGGGAGAAUCCGAUGGACCCCAGAUUGCAGCCCAUAUGGGUUUGA